CCAGUGCGGGAGCUGCCCAAGUGCAGUGUCCUGUGCGGGAGGAAGACACUGGUAAUGUGGACUCUUGGAGAAGAGGGAGACCAGAAGAGAUAAUGAAUCGCCAAGGGAGUGUCAGUCCCGGAACUGCAGCCCCAGCAGAAGAGAGAAGCUGCUCCCGGAUGAAGCCCUGGAUCUUCCUAGUUUCUGCCCUUGCCAUCAAAACUGCCCUUGUCACCAUCUACCUUGUUAUUUUCCUUCAUGGAAGCUAUGGCCAGUAUAAUACUCUGCUCCAGGAUGCUACAGAGUGGUGUUGCGUUCCCAGCGUAGCUGCAGGCAAAAAGGAGGGCUGGAUGUGCUGCCCGAAGGGCUGGAAGCGCUUUCAAAAAAGCUGCUACUAUAUCUCAGAUGAUACGAUGUCCUGGGCUGAGAGUGUGCAGAACUGCACUGGGAUGGGCUCCCAUCUGGUGGUGAUCAACAGCAAAGCAGAGCAGGAGUUCCUCUUCAACUUGGCAAAAGGAGUAGUUACUAACGACUAUGAAACAAAAUACUACAUAGGCUUAUCUGCUUACAAAACUGGGCAGUGGCAGUGGGUGGAUCAGACUCCGUAUAAGGUGGCGGACACGUUCUGGAAGCCCGGGGAACCCAAUUUACUCUUUGCAGAAAAAUGUGCUGCAAUUCAUGUCAAGGGAAAUACAGACUCCAGCACUUACAGUAAUUGGAAUAACAUCCUUUGCUUCACAAGUUGCUAUCGAAUUUGUGAACUGGCAGUCAAAUUUGUCUAA